AUCAUUUAGUAGUUCCUCAAAUUUUUUAAAAUAUCCUUUUGUAGUAUACUUUUAUUUUUACAGAACAAAAAUGCACGAACUACCACCACUGGCUGCUUUAUCAAGCAAAACUAUAUGCAAACCACUGAAAACAACACCAAAUCUGGCAACGACGUUAAAAAUAAUAAAUAAUUUGGACAAAGGUGAAAAUGUUGCACAAACAGCUAAUAUGUGUAAAACCGAACCAGCCAUUGUACGAGAAAUAAAAUCCAAGAGCGAUGAUAUUAAAACGAAAAUGAUGGCUGUAGGUCCUGAAAAUGUUAAAGUAGUUAAAUUAUCUCUAGAACCUAUUAUAAAUCAGAUGGAAAGCAUUUUGAUGGAAUGGAUUACUAAGAAUAAAAAUGAUGUUGAACUAGAGUAUUCGACCAUUAGAUCAAAGGCUUUAGAAAUUGUUGAAGAUCUUGCAAAAAAUAAUGAGCGAAAAAUAGGAAAUGUUUCUGUUUAUCUUCAGAGUUAUAACUUCAAUGCUAGCAGAGCUUGGUAUGAACGAUUUCUUAAAUGUCACAAUUUACAGAAAAAAUCUAGAAAAGAAUGCAUAAUAAUGAGGGAAAAAAACGUCAAAG